UUAGGGCCUAACCCAUUUUGAUGAGGUUCUACGAGAAGCUGAUGGUAUUAUCCAAUCUCGUGGUAAUUUGGGCAUUGAUCUUCCACCAGAGAAGGUGUUCUUAUUUCGAAAAUCUGCCCUAUACAAGUGUAAUAUGGCUGGAAAACCUGCUGUACUUACACGUGUUGUGGAUAGUAUGACUGACAACUUAAGACCCACUCGUGCUGAAGCCACUGAUGUUGCUAAUGCUGUUUUGGAUGGCAGUGAUGCAAUACUUCUGGGUGUUGAGACCUUGCGUGGGUUGUACCCUAUUGAGACUAUUUCCACUUUUGGCAGAAUUUGUUCAGAGAGAUUAAAGGAGAUUAACAGUUGGCGAUGGGGUUCUAGAAGUAUCUUUGGAGUUCAGUUCCUGUGCACUGUUGUUUUUUUCCUUAUUAGUCAAGGCAAUCAAGUUUAUGUAUCUAGCUUACUUUAAUUACAUAAAUUGGCUUAUUUUCUUAAUUUUUCUUUUUCGUUUCCUUGGAUAUAAGUGAUAUUAAGUGACCUGGUAUUUGCUUGUGGAGGCAAAGGAAUAACUGAAAAUCUGCUAAAUUUUGUAUAUGUUCACUUUUAGUUGCGAGAAUUCCUUAGUUAUUCUUCCUGAUAUGUACAUGAUUAUAUCUCUGAUAGUGUAUGAUUUUUGUA